AUAAUUAGGCCACGUUGUUAUGAAAAUUGUUGUCAUGGUAGCAACUGUGUUGUGGGACUGGAAAUCAACAAUUUGCGCCAACGCUAUUUAUGUUCACUCUCACGCGCAGAGCCUAAAUCAUCAUAUUUAUCUUAUAAUGAAACGAUGACCUUAAAAAACACUGGAGGGUUGUAUAAUAAAAAAAUUAAAAUGUAUAAUUUGAAUUUAACAGAAUGAAUAGUCUUUUGCACUGUCUUUAAUAUUAAGCCUUGUUUUGCGAUCGUGACAUCAUCAUUACGGCAACAGCGCCGAAUAUAUUUGCAGUUUAGUUUAGAACGCGAAACAUUCACAAUAUUCAAUUUUGGUUGCUGAGAAACAUCACUGAACGAGUUAAGCUUUACUUAUGAAGACCAUACUACAACACAUAAUAAUUGGAUAAUCAAGCAAGAACUAUGCUCGUACUUAUAAUUUUGUCUGUGGUAGCAAGUACGUCUACACAUAUUUUUCGUUACAAACACCUAGUAGCCCCCGUUUCCAGGGGAUUUUUGUAUUUCUGCUAUGAGAGAAGACGGCGAAAAUAUUUCCCCGUCUGCUCCCCUGUCAAAAAGCAAAAAUUUUUGGGAUCGAGUGUGUCUAACUUCGAAGAAAUUUAAAACACAUAUUUAGCAAAAAAAGUUAAGAACAUAUUAAGAACAUACUUAGCCUGAAUCUUUACAAACUAUAAGUACAAAAAAUGAACACAGUUGAAUGUCUACCUUGCUCAAACAAAUUACUAUGUAAUUUAUUAGUUUCCAUUCCUUUUUAUAUUUCAGGUGCUAGUUGUUCUUACCAACAAGAGAAAUUACUUCAAGAAAAGCUUCUUACUGAUUACAACAAAAAUGUCAGACCACAGAAAGGCAAAGAUCCUGUGCAUGUUUAUUUUGAUAUGAGACUUAAGAAUCUGGUGAAACUAGAUUUGAGGGAGCAGGUUUUGGUUAUCAAUUGUUUUACAAUGUUGAGAUGGACGGACCCUCAACUUCAAUGGAACAUAUCAACUUUCAAUGGAACUGAUCGUAUCAAUAUGGACAGCUCAUUGAUCUGGACACCGGAUAUCAUGUUAUACAACACAGCUGAACUAACCAGUUUUGAGCAUACAGACGUGUACAAAACAAGACCUUUGGUAUUUGAUAAAGGUCUGGUGGUGUGGAAUUCGCCCGUUACGUGGAGAAUAUCAUGUGAGUUAGAUGUUACUUGGUUUCCAGUAGACCGUCAGGUGUGCCAUUUCACAUUUGGUUCAAACUCGUACUCCAAAUCACAGCUUGAUCUGCGUUUCUGGUCUAAACCUUCCAGUAAAGCAGAAAUUGUUUCAAGUAAUUUUCUAGUUGAAGGUGGAGAAUGGAAUAUUGAUUCCUUGACAUCUCAAGAGACAAAUAUCCACUUUAUAUGUUGUCCAGAGGAUUUCUCGAUCAUCCGAUAUCGCAUCGAGUUAUCAAGAAUGUCCCUUUACUAUUUUCUGUACAUCAUACUGCCUUUAGUUUCAUUAUCAUUUCUUUUUCUUCUUGUUUUUCAUAUUCCGCAUGAUUCCGGAGAGCGGAUGGGAUUUGGCGUCACAAUUUUGCUCAGUAUCACUGUCUACCUACUAGUCAUAUCAGAGAAGCUUCCAGAAAAGUCGGAUGUGUACCCAAUGCUGGGCAUAUGUUUUAUUGUUGUCUUCUACAUUCUUUGCACAGCGCUUGCAUUUGCUGCAGCUACCACUAUUUUCGCAAAGAGAACAAGUAAGCCACCUAACUUUUUGUUGACCUGGUUAAAGAAGUUAAAACUGCAAAAAAACAAGAAAAAGAUUGAACCGGAAAAUUCUAUGACCAUGACUUCUGUGGAUACGUUGAAAAAUAUGAAUGAAACAUCCAAUAAAGAAGAAGAGGAAGAAAAAGUUGCUGAAAAAGAAAAUUACAACAACGAAUGGUUGGAAAGCUGUCGUUAUUUUGACAAGCGAUUAUUUUUUGUUUUUAAUGCCCUGCUUAUACUCAUCCCACUGAUCGUUAUAUGUUCACUACCAAGAGAUGGACUGGCUUGAACAUGCAAAUUUAUUACAACUAAGGCGCUUGUAUAAACAGUUCUUGCAUAUAUGUAUGUGUGUAUGUGUGUACAAUGAAAGUGACAAAUAUGUUAUAAUGAAACAAAAUUAUUUUGCAAUAUUAAGUAGCAAGCAAAGAAUAUACAGGGAUAUUCAAGAAAAGCAUAUCUCGAAUGAAAGUAGUGACACUGUUAGAUACUUGCAUCAAAGAAAGAUUUGUUUAGUUUAGUCAAACUUAAUAUCUUUAAGCUUCUGUAAUAUACACAAACAACAACAAAAUAGUUAUUUACAUUUCUUGCCUACUUCUUCGUGCAAGAACCAAGAUGUUAUGUACCCGUUUGGAGAUGUUAUGUACCCGUUUGGAGUUGUUAUACUAAUUUGUUUUUGCUAGAAAUUAACUUUUACCUUGAGUGUUUUAAUUGUGAAAGGAAGAAACUAUGUUUGCGUUCCCGAAAAUUUAUUAUUAUUAUUCCGAAUGUUUAUACAGGAUAUAGCCACUUCAGUGUAUGAAACACUGUUAUCAAUGUAGGUCCUGUGUUCGGAAUGUAUACAUUAAGUAUACACCGGCAUUACCUACCCAAUUUCCCUCACAUGGCAUGGGUUGACCCGUAGCUGUAGUAAAGACACUUGCUAAACAUGCCCGCGCUGUGGACCGAACCACGGACCUUGUGAUUACGAAGCGAA